AUAUAUAUAUAUCCAUACUAUAAAAGUGUGUUUCUUCUUCAUCCUAGCUUCAACACCAGGGCAUUAUAUGGUGACUACCACCUGAGUUUAUACUUCAUUCCUUCGUUUAUCUACCUCUUGACCUUCAUUUAUGAGAGAUAAAGAAGAAAUUAAACUAGAAAAAUAAUGAUCAAUUGACAAAGAUGGUUCAAGUGGCCCUUACCACAUACAAUGCUGCUAAAUCUCCCACACCACUGAUCAUGAACAUCAUCAUCUAGCUACUUCGACGAGUACCCUAUUACAUCGCUUCGAUCUUCCUGUAGCUAGAAUAUUGUCCGGUGCAAUUUGAAGACACCCCAGAAAAGUAUACAUAAAUUUAUAUUUUUAUAUUUAUAUAGAAAUGUUUCCAUCAAACACUUGGAAUAUUGGGAAUGACCCCAUCUCUUUUUCUCAUGACCAGUCUCUUAUUCCUAACACUUCUAAGCCUUGUUUACUUAGCGAUAUUGUUGUUAACACAAACACAAGUACCCCCAAUUCCAAACAACCAUUUUUCUACUUCCCAUCUUCUCCUUUGUUUGAAGAUGAAAACCUAUUCCUCCACAAUAACCAAAACAACUAUGACGGCCUCCUUCUUCUUCCUCACUUGAACAAUACUACUACUACUACUACUACUACCACCACUACUACUAAUAUCUUAAGUACUAGUAGUACAGACAAAGCCGCCCAUGUAGGGGUGUCAGCCGAGCCUAACAACAAUAAUAAUGAAGAUCCCAUGAAUCUCACCAACGACCUGCACCACUACCACAAUCACCAGAAGGAAGAUCUCUCAGAAUUGAGGAAAAAUCACAUCGCCAGAUACGAUGGUGAUGGUGAUGGUGAUGGUGAUGAUGAUGAUAAUAAUGAUGGUGAUCAGCAAAAACUGAUCCCGAGGAAAAAGAUGACGGCCAAGAAAGAUCGGCACAGCAAAAUUAUGAUGAGCGCAGGGAAACGACCAAGGCACAGAAGAAUGAGAUUAUCCCUAGAUGUUGCUCGUCAGUUCUUUGACUUGCAAGACAUGUUGGGGUACGAGAGGGCUAGCAAGACCGUCGAGUGGCUUCUCAUCCAGGCUAGACUGGAGAUAAAAAAACUGGCCAGGAAAACGAGCACUACUACUACUCUUGCUGCGGGUUUAGAGAAGAUCGCAAAUUCUAGUACUAAUUCAGGGACUAACUCAGACUGCGAAGUGGUUUCCGGCUUGGACGAGGUUGCAGUAGUUGAUCAUGGAGAUACCUCUAAAUCUUUGGUUAAUAAAGAGACGAAGAAGAGACAGAUAGUAUCCAGACCAAGAUGGGGAUUGAAGCGGCCGAGGGAAUCGAGGGACAAGGCGAGGGAGAGGGCAAGAGAAAGGACUAAACAAAAGCACAUGCGGGGUAAAAGGGCACUGUUAGCUGCUGUUGUUGACCAUCAUUGCCAACAUGGUAACAACCAAGACCUAAUAAGCCAUGGAUUGAGGACGUCAUGGAGUUUGGAAACUGGGGAAGAAGAAUCUGGAACCCAUAGUGGCCAAAAUAUUAACUCCUUCGAAGGUUUAGUACUACAAGCUAAUUAUCAUGAAUUUGAGGAACCAUUAACGACUUGGCACCAUAAUGGCCACCAAGAACAAUACCGCAAUACUUGUACUCCAGCUGCACUACCUAAUUUAGCGGACGAGUGUUCUUUCUUAAAUGUGGGAAAGUGCUAUUGGAGCUCAUCUCCCAUAUUCAAUUAUUUGCAGACCACUGCUACUUCUGAAUCCACCGGAUCAAUCCCCCAAGAACAUCAGUUUCAAGACUUUCAAUUCUUUAGCUAAGCAUGGGAGGGAGGCAUCCAACAACAACAACCAGCUAUGCUAAUUACUUGCUCUCUCUUGAUGAUGAUUAUGGUAUGUCAUGAACUGCAGAAUAUUAUUUGACAAACUAUAUUAUGUUGUGCACAUAUUUCAUUUUCUUAAUUUGUGUUUUGCGUAUGUAAUAUUUAUACGGGAGGCUAGGCUUAUUCAGCUAGCUAGCUAUAUGGUUUCUGGAUAUUUUUAUGACCAAUUUUCUACUUGUGAACUACAAUUAAUGAUUCAAAUCAUCAGUGUUCUCUUAUUUA